AUGUUUGGACGCACGGCACAACGCGCUUUCAAAUUGGCAAGGAAUUUUUCUCAGGUGAGUGAGUUUUUUUCAUCUUAUUUUUUUCCUCAUUUUUAAUGAUGAUUUUGAAAUUAUCGCUUUUUUUGAACAAAUCUUCCUUCACAAAAAAACUUUUUAUCAACAUUAUCAAAUCAUUCGGAACUAAGAAUUCAGAGUUUCAAUAACAAAUAAUCUUUAUUCAAUUGAGUAGCUCAAGCUCUUUUGUUCCAGAAAAAGUCCGUUAGACGGGUAGCAGCCGGUGGAGCCGGAACUUCCUUCUGCUUUUCGUUGUUCUCCUCGGGUCAGAAGCAACCGACGGAGACGCAAUCAAAAGAAACCGCUCAGAAGAUCAAAAACUACGACAUUGUCUUGAGAGACACGGAUGAGCUAUACGAUAAUUAUCUGAUUGACAACGCCUACAACAUCCUCAAAAAGUUGGUUUUUUUAGAUGUUUAGAAUAUUAUAACGAGAUUCGCAUCUGAAAAUAAUUAAUUAAACUUAUUUGAAAGCUCGAGUUUGAAAUGAUGCAAACGUUUUGCAUUACCUGAAAAAAACUUUGAUAAGAUUCUGAAUUCUCUUUAGCCAUCCAGAUAGCACUGGGAGACACUUUGAUCGGGCAUAAAAAAAUAGAAAAUAUUUUUCAAAAUCAGAACAUUUCGGAGUUUUUUUCCAUUUCACCGUGUGAUAAAAUUGGUUCCUGUGCUUUUUGAGGAACUCAGAAAGUUUUUUUGUGGAUAAACUAAGUAUUCCAUAGUUUUUUUAAAUAUUCUAUGGCUAACAAGAAAAAAGUUUUGAACUCUUUUCUAUUAAAGAUUCGGAUCCAGUGAUAACUCUGAACUAUUGUGGCGUCUCGCCAGAGUUCUAUGUGAGAAGUCGAAGCUCUCAAAAGACGUCGCCGAGAAAAAGCAGUACAUGUUGGAGGCGUUCGCCGUCGUCCAGAAAGCCCUAGUUCAUGAACCAGAGAGUGGCUGUUUUGGGGCUCACAAAUGGUCCGUUUUCUUUUUUUUUUGCACAAUCACUCUUUUAAACAGUUUUCCUCAAUUUUUCGACUUUAGUUCCUGUGUUAAAAUAUUGAGAGAAAUGCUCAAAUAUAAGCAGAAAAGACGGUGAGGUGCUCUCAUAUCGUUUGAAUUUUGAGCCUUAACUUGAAGACGUUCUCAAUUUCCUGUUUCAUGUCCAAUUUCAACUGAAAAUCUGUAAAUUUUUUUUUUUUGAUUUUUGAGAACAUUUAAUUUCCGUUGCUCUUUUAAACCUGUAUCUUAAGAACUCCAGAGUGGUCCCUCGUAGGGUCCCCUCUAGGGACUACUUCACCAACCCCUAUAGGGACCACUAAAGCUUGCAAAAGUUGUCUAGGGGCAUGCUAGUCGAUAAUCGUUAUUAACUUUGAGCGAAGAAGCAUUUUAAAGGGAAAAACUGAAAAGCGUGUUUUCAAAUAGAAAGAUCACUAUAGGGUCCACUUGAGCUUUAGAUAUAUGAGGUCAGAACCUAAACCCCUAUAGGGACUACCUUUGUUUUACCCCUAUAUGGACCACUCUGAAACUCUUAAGACUUCCACGGCUUCAAAAAAAUCUGCUGUUUCUUUUGAGUUAUCAACGUACCCAUAAAACACAGAUAAAUAAAUAUAAGUGAUGACGAGAGCGCGAAUGAAGCACUAUAUUCACUAAAAGCUUGCUUUUUUUUUUGUUCUAACGACUAACUUCCUUCAAGGUACGCAAUCAUCCUCGAUUAUGUGGGCGAACUGCAAGGAUCAAAGUCUCGAAUCGAAAAAUCCCACGAGGUGAAGGAGCACCUGGAGAAGGCGCUCAAGAUCUACUACGACGACCCGACCACCUGGCACAUCCUCGGUUCUUCCUAUCAAACCGAAAGAGCCGGAACCGUCGAUUUUCAGGACUUUGGCACUUCGCCUUCGCCGACAUGGGCUACGCGACGCGCCUUGUCGCAAAAACGAUUUUCGCCACUCCACCGUCUUCCACCUACGAUCAAGCGCUCCAUUACUUCAUGAGGGCUGAAGAAAUAUCUGUUAUCCUAGAAUUGAUGACCGUCGAGUUCAUCUUUUCCUUUGCAGCCUGGAUUCUACAGCACGAACACUUUCUACAUUGCUGAGGUCUAUGACCGGUUAGGAAAGAAAGAGGAUGCUGUGGAGUAUUACAAGAAGGCUUUCAAAAUGUCCGUCUUGACCGCCGAUGAUGCCGCUAUCCAUAAAAAAGUUUUACGGAACUCACUUCAAUACUUAAGUAUCUUAUUCAGGCUCACGAUAAUCUUCGGCGGAACGGAGUCAAAGACAGCGAGCUGGUCGCAUAA